AUGGCUACCAAACCCAUGAGCUUGUCCUCAGUCUUGUCCAAGAUCGAGGACACUAUCUCACUCGCCCACCUCAUCACGGAAAGCAACAUCAAGGCAUAUGUUCUGCCAGUCUCGCUCUUCUCGAUGCUAAGCCUGGCAUCGGGAGGAGUCACAACCUAUCCCCCAAGCUGGUACGAUGUCGCCACGGCUUUUCCAAGAGCACUGCUCUACAUCUGGUUGUACGUCUUUCACUUCGACCUCAGCAACCAGAAGGACCCGGAGUCCAUCGAGGAGGACAAACUCAACAAGCCCUGGCGCGCUAUCCCGUCAGGCAGACUCAGCAUCGAGAGCGCCCAGAGGUGGUACGUCGUCGCGACCUGCCUCUUGUUGAUCGCCAGUCUAUUGCUCGGCGGCUUUCCAGAGGCACUUGCCUUCAUGGUUGAGACCUGGGUGUACGAUUAUGUCGGUGCCAGCUCUUGGUGGGGCAAGAACAUCAUCAACGCCCUGUUCUACUCGACUGGCCAGCUUGGCGCAACUCGCGUAGCUGCGAUGAAGUCCGCGACCAUGACGAGGGCCGGCUAUGAGUGGUGCGCUCUCCUCGGCCUCAACACUCUCACAACUGUUCAGAUCCAAGAUUUCAGGGACCAGGAGGGCGACGGCGCCCGCGGCAGACGCACCGUGCCCUUGGUUGUGGGAGACGGCCUGUCUCGCGUGAUGACGUCUCUGUUCAUCCUCUUCUGGUCAAUUGCGUUGCCCAUCUACUGGGAAAGCCGCUUCCUCGAGGUCCUGUGGCCACUUUUGACGGGAGGUUUUGUUGCGGCCCGGUUGCUGCUGUACAGGUCUGCCAAAGCCGAUCGCAUGACGUUCCAUCUUUACACACUGGCAUGGCUCCCGGCGCUCUACGCUAUUCCAUUUGUUACUAAGACCGGCAUGCUGCGAUUCUGGAACUAG